CCAAGUAGAAAAUCAAACCAAAAUAUGAAAGAGAAAAUUGGCCUCAAAAUCCGAUAGAGGGGGAAAGUUUCCCUCCAUUUUGAAAUAUCUUUCCUUAAACUUACAUCAAACGAAAAAUGGCGGCAAUUUGAAAAUUAGGGAAAUGUUCAUACAAAUACCACCAUUUCUCACUCAGCCACUCUAUCUAAAAUUCCGACAAAACCAAUCUACAGCGACCUAGUAAUCCCUCCGCCGCACACGACUUUCCUUGGCGGGUCGUCAGCUUGUCGCCGCCACUUCCGCCGCGCUUCUCUCACUGUCCAAGUGCUGGGGUUUUGCUUAUGAUAAAGAAUGGGGACGAAAAAUAAUGCAAGUGUCGAAGAUGUGGCUUUUGAUGAUUCUAAAGCAGAUGAGUCUAGUAUAAAAGCCUCAAAAGGGAAACAAAAAAAGAGAGAUAGAAAUGAGACUAAUGGAGAAAAUGCGUUGGCUUCUCGGAGAAUGCCAAAGCGUGCUGCAGCAUGUUCAAACUUUAAGGAAAAAAAUCUUCGUUUAUCCGAGAAAGAUAACCUUGUGGAUACAAAAAGGGUGCCCACUGUUGAAAAUGAGAUAGCUGCAAUUGGCUUGACCACAGGCCACGAUGAUCCUAGACCCAAUCGCCGCCUCAUGGACUUCAUUUUUCAUGAUGAAGAUGGGAAAGCACAACCGGUGGAGAUUCUGGAGGUCAUUGACUUGUUUAUAACCGGUGUAAUCUUGCCACUAGAACCUAGUGGUGACCCGAGUAAAGAUAAGGGAGUAAGAUGUGAGGGCUUUGGUCGGAUUGAAACAUGGGAUAUCUCUGGCUAUGAAGAUGGUGAACCAACCAUUUGGAUAUCUACAGACAUAGGUGAUUAUGAUUGUGGGAAGGCAGCUGCUUCAUACAAGAAAAUAUAUGGACUUUUCUACGAGAAGGCACGUGCAUGCAUUGAAGUAUACAAGAAACUGUCAAGGCCUUUAGGGGGUAACCCGGAUAUAGCUCUUGAUGAAUUGAUUGCUUCACUAGUUCGAUCAAUGAGUGGCAGUAAAAACUUCCCCCCAGGCGCGUCCAUCAAAGAGUUCAUUAUUUCACGGGGUGAGUUUAUUUACAACCAGCUAAUUGGAUUGGAUAAUACAUCCAACAAGAAAGAUCAGAUGUUCUCUGAUCUGCAUGUGCUUGUCACCCUUCGUGAUGAGUGUAAAAAGAAUAUGGCAUAUGUACAAGAAAACGAGGCUCCUUUUAACCUGGCUACUGGUGGGAGUCUGAAAAUUGGGGAUGUAGAAAAGAAAAAUGAGCCUGAAAAACUUGAGGGUGAAGAGGACGAGGAUGCAAAAUUGGCCAGAUUGUUACAGGAGGAAGAGGAAUGGAAGUCUAUGAAUCAAAGGAAGGGAAGAAGACAAACUGCUUCAAACAAGUACUAUAUUAAGAUUAAUGAAGAUGAGAUUGCUAUUGACUACCCACUCCCUGCUUACUACAAACCUAACAAUGAAGAGACCGAUGAGUACAUCAUCUUUGACAAUGACAUGGAUGUCACUGAUCCAGAUCAGCUACCCAGAAGCAUGCUUCAUAAUUGGUCGCUUUAUAACUCCGAUUCACGAUUGGUUUCUUUGGAACUUCUUCCAAUGAAGCCUUGUGAUGACAUUGAUGUUACCAUUUUUGGAUCAGGGAUUGUCACAGAUGAUGACGGAAGUGGUUUUUGUCUUGAUGCUGAUAAUCAAUCUUCAUCAGCUUCUUCUGAGGCUCAGGAUGUGGGUGGAAUCCCUGUUUAUUUGAGUGCAAUAAAGGAAUGGAUGAUUGAGAUUGGAGCUUCCAUGGUCUUCAUAUCUAUCAGAACAGAUAUGGCUUGGUAUAGACUUGGAAAACCAUCAAAGCAAUACGCUCCAUGGUAUGAAACUGUUAUGAAAACUGCAAGGCUUACUGUUAGCAUCAUUACACUAUUAAAGGAGCAGAGUCGUGUGGCACGUCUAUCCUUUGCUGAAAUUAUCAAAAGACUGGCAGAAUUUGGAAAGGACCAUCCUGCAUUUAUAUCAUCUAAUCCAGGUAUGGUAGAGCGAUAUGUGGUGGUCCACGGCCAGAUAUUGUUGCAACAGUUUGUGGAGUAUCCAGAUAAUACCAUCCGGAACUGCCAUUUUGUAACUGGACUUUAUGACAAAAUGAUUUCAAGGCAUCACACAAAAUGGAUAGUGAAACAAAAGGCUGUUACAAGGAGAGACACAAACUUGAAUCCAGUAGCUAAAAUGGUUCCUGUUGCAAAAAGGAAAUUAAUGCCGGCCACAACUACUAGAUUGAUCAACAGAAUAUGGGGAGAAUUCUAUUCAAAUUAUUCGCCUGAGGAGUCCAAGGAAGCUGUUGCUGAACUGAAAGAGGAAGAAGUUCUGGAAGAAGAGGAAGAAGAACUGGAAGAAAAUCUCGAGGAGGAGCAAGAAGAGACAGUCUCUGUUGAGAAACCCGACAAAACACAUAAAGCAGGUCGGAAGAGAAAGGUCAACUGUUCAUCCCAGGAAAUUAAAUGGGAAGGAGAGCCAAUUGAGAAAACUUGUGCUAGUCAGACCUUCUACAAACAAGCUAAGGUGUUUGGAGAUUCAGUUGUUGUUGGGGGUUGUGUCCUUGUUGAAUCAGAUGAUUCAGUAGAGCUGCCUGCUAUCUAUUUUGUUGAAUAUAUGUUUGAGAAAUCAGGUGGGAAAAAAAUGGUCCACGGACGACUGAUGCUUAGAGGAUCUCAAACACUUCUUGGAAAUGCUGCUAAUGAGAGGGAGGUGUUCUUGACAGAAAACUGCCUGGACUUCGAAUUAGGGGAUGUUAAGCAAAGCAUACAGAUUGAAAUUCGCCAGGUGCCAUGGGGAUAUCAACACCGCAAGACUAAUGUUAUGAAUGACAAGAUUGACCAGACAAAUGCAGAGGAAAGAGAAAGCAAAGGGUUGCCAUUAGAAUAUUACUGCAAAAGCUUCUAUCAGCCUGAUAAAGGUGCAUUCAUUUGUCUCCCUAGCAACACAAUGGGAAGUGGAAAUGGUAUCUGUUGUGCUUGCAAAAGUAAAGAGGCCGAGAAGGAGCAAAAGACCCUGAAGGUUUCUAAGACAUGCUUUGUUUAUGAAGGAGUUGAGUACAGUACUGAGGACUUCUUCUAUGUAGCCCCACGAUAUUUUGCUGAAGAUGAGAAAGAGAAUGAAAAAUUCAAGAGUAGCAGGAAUGUGGGCUUGAAACCCUAUGUGAUUUGUCAGCUUUUGGAGAUUCAGAUGCCUAAGGCUUCUAAAAAAUCUGAUCCUGAGUCGAUAAAAAUUAAAGCACGGCGAUUUUUCAGGCCUGAAGACACUUCAACAGAGAAAGCAUACCGUUCCGACAUUCGUGAGGUUUACUUCAGUGAGGAAACACAUUUGUUAACUGUAGCUGCUGUCCGAGGGAAGUGUCAAGUCAGAAAAAAGCAUGACCUGUCAUCAUUAAAUUACCCUGCUGUCUACGAGCAUGUCUUCUUCUGUGAACAUCUUUAUGACCCUGAUAGUGGAGCUAUCAAACAGCUGCCUAAAAAUGUCAGGCUUAACUCAAUUGUUGAUGAGUCCAUUUCAAGAAGGAAAAAGGGAAAGGGUAUAGAAGGUGAGGGUAAUCAUACUGAUGAACCCGUCAAACAAAAAGAUGAAUCUUUAAAGAAGCGGUUGGCCACUCUCGAUAUAUUUGCUGGUUGUGGUGGUCUGUCUGAAGGUCUGGAGCAAUCAGGUGUGUCACAAACCAAAUGGGCAAUUGAGUACGAAGAACCUGCAGGUGAAGCAUUCAAACUCAAUCAUCCAGGGGCUUCAGUGUUUAUAAACAAUUGCAAUGUGAUCCUCAGCGCAAUCAUGUCAGCUUGUGGGGAUGAAGGUGACUGUUUAUCUACUCCUGAAGCGUCAGAGGGGGCGAAGAAGCUCGAUGAUAAGGAAAUAAAUGAUUUACCUAGACCUGGGCAAGUAGAUUUUAUUAAUGGAGGGCCACCAUGUCAGGGGUUUUCGGGAAUGAAUAGGUUUAACAAAAGUGCUUGGAGCAAAGUUCAAUGUGAAAUGAUCCUAGCUUUUCUAUCAUUUGCCGAUUAUUUCCGGCCUAAAUAUUUUCUUUUAGAAAAUGUGAGGAACUUUGUAUCAUUCAACAAAGGCCAGACAUUUCGUUUGGCCCUGGCUUCUCUUCUUGAAAUGGGCUAUCAGGUAAGAUUUGGUAUUCUUGAAGCUGGAGCUUGUGGUGUUUCCCAAUCACGCAAACGUGCAUUUAUCUGGGCUGCAUCUCCUGAAGAAACACUGCCUGAUUGGCCUGAGCCAAUGCAUGUUUUUGCUGGUCCGGAGCUCAAAGUCAGCAAUACUCAGUAUGCUGCAGUGCGGAGUACAGCAACUGGUGCCCCCUUUCGUUCAAUUACAGUCAGAGAUAGUAUUGGAGAUCUCCCUGCUGUAGGAAAUGGGGCUUCUCUAGCGACUAUGGAGUACAAAAAUGAGCCUAUAUCUUGGUUUCAAAAGAUGAUCAGAGGGGAUAUGGUGACUUUAACUGAUCAUGUAUCAAAAGAAAUGAACGAGCUAAAUGUGAUACGUUGUCAAAGAAUUCCCAAACGUCCUGGUGCUGACUGGCGAGAACUGCCAGACGAGAAGGUUAAACUAUCUACGGGACAGAUGGUUGAUUUGGUUCCUUGGUGCCUGCCAAACACCGCGGAAAGGCACAAUCAGUGGAAGGGUUUAUUUGGAAGGUUAGAUUGGGAAGGAAACUUUCCAACAUCUAUUACUGAUCCACAACCUAUGGGCAAGGUUGGGAUGUGCUUUCAUCCUGAUCAGGAUAGGAUAGUCACAGUUCGAGAAUGUGCUCGAUCUCAAGGUUUUCCUGAUAGCUACAAAUUUGCUGGCAAUAUACAACACAGGCAUCGGCAAAUUGGUAAUGCAGUCCCUCCACCUUUGGCCUUUGCAUUGGGUAGGAAACUCAAAGAAGCUGUUCAGAAGAAUUGCUGAAUCUGACAUUACCAUGUCAAACUCAGUGGUGGAUCUGGUUGCAUAAAUUUCUUAGCUAUACCAUUAAUAGAGUCCCUAAAAGUUGUAAUUACUGCGGGUAAUCCUCAUAGAUAGACACAAAUUAAAAACUUUGUAUGAAUUGAGAUGUUGAUUUUAGUGAGAUGAACGGUCUCCAGCUCGAUUGUCAAGCUUAUAAUGAAAUGAAUUACGAAGUAGUAUGUAUUUAGCAGUGAGAAAUGUGAUCCAAUUGAUUUUUCCUAAUA